ACUGAUAGCGAACGGAAUAGAUAUGAAGAAAGAUUUUCUAGACAAAUUGAACUUAAUAAAUGACUUGAAAUUAGCAGGAAAUGAAUGGAAUGCAGAUAUUAAAGAAAUGGCAGCUAUAACUAACCUGAAAUUAGAUGUUAGUGAAAAUCCAAUAACAUUAGACACCCUCAUGAAAGAUUUAUCUGACCUUGUUGGACCAUUCCUAGUAGGGAUCCAUUUAAAUAAUUGCAAUAUUUCAUCCAUUCCCCAAAAAGCGUUUGCAUUUGACUCCCUUAGAAUUUUAUCAUUGGACGGCAACAGCAUAUGUGAAUUUGAUAUGGUCGACAUCUCUAACAAGGAUGAAAACAUAUUAACGGAUUUAAGUCUCUCAAAUAAUAAAUUAGAGAAGAUCUAUUCUUCAUUAUCCAUUCGAUAUGGAAAUUUGAAGAAGCUUAACAUCUCCGGUAAUAUAAUUGAAGAAUUAUGCUAUCAAGCCAUUGCGAAACUAUUUCCGAAUGUAAGGGAAAUCGAUGCAAGUAGAAAUAAGAUCAGCACGCUCCAAGAAAGAUGCUUUAGAGGGUUAUCAAGCUUGCAAAAAUUAGAUUUACGAAAGAAUUGGUUAGGCGAAGUAUCUCGGGAGUCAUUUUAUGGUCCAUCUAAGUUAGUGGAAAUAUUAACCAAUCGUCCUUACUUUUGUUGCAUCAUACCUGCUAAAAUACUAUCCUGUAAACCAUCGAUGAUAUCUGAUACUUUAUCAUCUUGUCAGCAUCUUCUUGCUCAUAUUUCAUUACAAUUCUUCAUCUGGCUUGUUGGCAUUCUGGCUUUUUUGGGUAACAUUUUCGUUAUUGUACGCAACCUCCGCAUUAUUCGGGCUAAAAAAAAAAAUAAAGCCGACAAAGUCAACCUAUUCUUAAUCAAUAAUUUAGCCAUAUCAGAUUUUAUCAUGUCAAUCUAUUUAUUUAUCAUAGGAUUUGCUAAUUUGGUUUAUAGCAAUCAAGGCCUUUAUGGCAUACGAUCUGAGAAGUGGCUACGACAUCCCCUCUGUGCAGUAUCUUGUACUCUUAUGACUACAUCUAGCAUAGUGUCUGUAUUUUUAAUGGUAGUAAUCAGCAUCGAUCGGUUCAUCACAAUCGUUUAUGGGCUCGAAGGAAAAAAGUUAAGCCGUUUCUAUUCUCGGCUGAUUAUUGGUAUAAUAUGGCUAGGAGGAUUUACAUUUGCACUCAUACCGUCAUUAUUUAGUAUCAAUCAGCCUGGUAACAAACGAUUAUACACCUUUAACAGUAUGUGUAUGCCAAGCAAUUAUGAGAACCCUGACUACAGAGUCUGGAUGAUAGCCUAUAUCGUUUCUACAAUUAUUGCUUGGAUUAUUACAUGCUCACUUUAUAUUAGAUUGUUUAUCUACAUUCGCGAUACUGGUAAAGCUGUUACACAAGCAACUAAUCGAAAAGCAAAAGCUAGAAAAGAUAAAAUGAUUGCAUUGCGUCUAUUUAUCAUAUUAAUAACUGAUUUAAUUAGUUGGGUACCUUAUUAUAUCGUGAAUUUUGCUGGUUUCGCAUCUAGUGAUGGUGUUGACGUUAUCACACUACAAUUUAUUGGUAUAUUUGCAUUACCUAUAAAUUCUGCUCUUAAUCCAUACUUGUAUACCUUAACAAGUGCGGCCGUAAUCAAAGGAUUAUUUAUUCGUCCAGCGACUGGUGCAACCUACACAAUUAGGAAAAAGAGGACAACAAAAAGACGUAAGCAAAUAAAGCUGGAGAAAAAUAUGGACGAUCUGGAUCAUCAUCACGAAAAAUCUAACGCCGAUAAAGAAUGCUCUAAUACUCAGCGUACAUUUACAUUUUAA